AUUGGUUCAACGUUAUAUCCCACAAUCCCUUUCCUUCACCUCCCUCUUUCUCCUCUGCAGCCAUGUCUAAAAGAGGACGUGGUGGUUCAUCUGGAGCCAAGUUCCGCAUCUCGCUGGGUCUCCCAGUGGGAGCAGUCAUCAACUGUGCGGACAACACAGGUGCCAAAAACCUGUACAUCAUCUCCGUGAAGGGCAUCAAGGGGCGUCUGAACCGUCUGCCUGCAGCGGGUGUGGGUGACAUGGUCAUGGCCACGGUGAAGAAAGGCAAGCCAGAACUCCGAAAGAAGGUGCAUCCUGCAGUGGUGAUACGGCAGCGGAAGUCGUAUCGACGAAAAGAUGGCGUGUUUCUCUACUUUGAAGACAAUGCGGGCGUCAUAGUAAACGUCAAAGGGGAAAUGAAAGGUUCAGCCAUCACAGGCCCAGUGGCCAAAGAGUGCGCUGACCUGUGGCCCAGGAUUGCCUCCAAUGCUGGCAGCAUUGCCUGAGUGGAGCUUGCACUUCUGUUCAUUUUCAAUAAAUUGUUGAUAAACAA